AUGAUAAUUAGGGGUUCUGCAUGGGUGUACCUUGCAAUCUUGAUAUGGUUCAAUCGCGUUGAGGCCGAUGCAGAUUUCCUCGACGUUCGAACAAAACUCGAAAAGGACCGCAGUGGCAGGAGGGGGGAUCCUGCUGGAAAAUACUUCCAUGAAUCUACGUUCCAUCCUCAUUACGAUGGCCGUUUCGCGGAUGACCAAGUUGGUAAGGAAGAGCGGCUCGACCACCUUACUGCCCUCAUACAGACCUUUCUUUACACCAUGGCCGAUAUAGGUGCAGAAACAUGGAUUAUGCAUGGUACUCUUCUGGGCUGGUGGUGGAAUCAGAAGAUUCUUCCUUGGGACUCGGACCUUGACCUUCAAGUCUCCGAAGAAACGAUCCACUUUCUUGCCAGAUACUACAACAUGACCGAAUACCAUUUUUCCCUUCCAGGCCUUUCCUCCGGCCGAAACUACUUACUUGAGAUCAAUCCACAUUACAUGAUCCGCGGGACGGACGAUAAAUUGAAUGUCAUUGAUGCAAGGUGGAUUGAUACGGAGACAGGACUGUUUAUAGACGUCAGCACUAUCCGAAAGAAUUGGACAGCGAUUGAAGAUGGUGUAGAAGGGGCUUUGAUGUGCAAAGACAAACACCAUUACUUCGAGAAAGACAUCUACCCACUUCGUGACAGCUUUUUCGAAGGCUUCCCUGUCAAGAUUCCAUUUGAGUACGGUUGGCUCCUAGAGGAGGAAUAUGGCAGAAAAGCUUUGACUGUCACGCAGUACGAACAGUAUGGUCGUCAUAGCUACAGCCAGUUUACGAGAGUCCCCCUUUUUUGCUGA